UAUAUAUCGGAUAUCAGAUGUGAGAGGUCUCACCUCUGAAAAACUAUCUGUCCAAUCUGUAUUAUUUUAAACCCAAAAUUCAAGCUGGGUUUCAGGCCCGAACCACCCUAUUGUCCAAUAACCAGUUAGAUCUCCAUCGCAAAUUGUCUUCAAGAAAAGAAUGACCUUCCCCCGACCGACCUCAGCCCAAGAAAAAAAAAAAAAAAAAAAGCAAACAUCCCCGUUUCCCCUUUUCCCCAUUUCCCCAACGUCCCGUUUCUUCCAACAGUUCCCCACUUGCGCGGAUUCCCCGUUCCCCUUUCUCGGCGAUAAGAAUACAAUCCUUAAUCAGAAGAAGAAGAAUACCAGGGUGCUGCAUUUCCGCCGACGCCAGUGGUGCGAAGCCAUUCGCCAUUAUUCGCCAGCCUACGCAGGGUGUGGCCUGGGUGGUGGUGGUGGUGGUGGUGGUGGGAGGUUGGGAGUGGAGAAAUCCCAUCUCCUCCUACUAGGGUGGGUGGGGUCGUCGUUGUGCCGGGGAUGUAACUUGUCCCUGGCUGCUGGGAGCGAGUUAACGUAACAUGCUAGGAAAAGUGGCCCCCUUCCCCCCCCUUGUCCGGCUCUUGGGUUGAGUCGGGAGUUCUGGGAUCCUUGAAGGUGGUUCGCAGUUUAGUUUGGUAGCGUGCGUGGGGGUUGGGUAUCGGUUUAACUAUUAGGGUUAUUUGUCGAGGCCACGAGUACAGGAGGACUGGACUUGUGGGGGGGGCGAAGAUGAAGGGGGGUGGUUGUCCAUAACUCGCCCUUUUCAUAAAUAAUGUAAGGAGGAGUGGUAUCACGGAUGAGCAGAGGUGGUGGGUGGGAUGCGGCUUUUGGGGGGCUUGGCACGAUUAUUAGUGAGUCUUGAGUACGGAGUAGUUUGGCUACCAUUGAGAAAUAGAAAUAGAGUAUCUGUCUUCCUUCAACGGCAGGCGAAAAACAGUCCGAUGACUCCACCAGAGAGAAGGGAGGUUUCAGCGGGUGGUUUCGGUCGUGGGCUCCAGCAAAACCUCCACGUUUCAAGGUCCAAACAGAAUGAUCGCCACGCCAGCUGACGACAGCCAGCGACAAAACCACUCGGAAUCCAGACUCCAGAAUCCGUUCACAGGUCUGGACUUUUGUGUGUCAAGGAAACGCACCGCGGCAGUCGGGCGGCGUUUUAGGCUGGUAACUAGUUAUCAACUCCGGGGUUGACUUGGCCAAUCGACAACUCCGGAGUUGCCAGCCAAGGCACACACUCACCACCACUAACUCAUCACACUACACUACACUGAGGAGUUGGUGAUCGCGCCCAUGCCCUAUCAUCUAUCAUAUCAGCGCGUGAAAGGCUGGCUGGGAUGGGAGUGGAAUGAGUGGAAUGGGCACGCGAAGCCUGUGAUAAAAACAGGGAAAAUGAGAGGUCUUCUCGUGCUCUUUUUUUUUUUGUGACUUGGAAGAAACGACUGAUCACCAGCUUCGGGAUGAGGAGUUGUUCUCUCAGUUUGUGUUUUUUGUUUUGAUAUCAACUGUCCCUUUAUUAUUCCAUUCCAGCAUUGCUUGUUCCAUCCAACUCCCCCCUCUCCCCCCCCUAGGAUAGUUACAACGUAUGUGAUUCGACGCGAGCGAGAACAAAGAGGAAUACUCAUUUUUUAAUUGGAUAGUUUAGUUAUCCAUUAGUUACCCUUGCCCAAACCACUAAGUAAAAUACUAUAGUGUAUCCGGGGCGGUCUCCGUCUGAACCGUGCCAAUAAUCACACGUUAUUUCCGAGAUAGCGUUGCGCUAUAAGCUUCAAAGAUUCAACUAGAAACGGCAUUUCAAGUUCACGUCGC